CUGUUUAAAGGCUGGGCCAGUGGAUGGCGCAUGCGCACUGCACUCAGGGAGUGUUGGAGACGGCCAACCGCGCAGAGAGACGGGCAGAGAGACGGGCAGGUCGGGAAACCCGUCUUCCUCCUGAAAAUAAAGCAAACCUGUAACUAACCGGAGGAUCGCCGUGUAUCAGCGCGUGCCGUAUGGCCAUGCGAACAAACCGACCAUGUAUUACUACUGCAACCGGACUACAAUGAGCGCGAGCGCAGCCUGGCCCGGGGCGGAGGGUCCGCAGAGCUGCUCCGGUGGAGGAGGAGGAGGAGGAGGAGGAGGAGGAGGAGGAGGAGGCGAACUCGUGAACGGAAACGGCGGCGGAGAGAUCACCGAGGCCCGUGCGAUCAGCGAGUGGGAGAGCGCCACCUGUGAUCCCGCCGACGCGACACGGAGCGCGAGCACGGGCAGCACGGUCACGCGGGAACGAGAGGACGGUGCGGCGCGCGGACUCUCCCGCUGCUGCAGACGAAGCACCGCGCCGGGAGGAGGCGAGGAUCCCCGCGGCAUUAAUACUGAUGGAGAGCACGGCGGUGUGCGGUGUCCGCGCUGUAUGGGGGAAGCCAGGACGGCGGCGGCGGCGGGGAGAGGCGAGUGUGAAACCGGGGCGCGAGAGUUUCGGAACUCGGAAGCGGCGGUCAGCAAGCGCCGGGGAUGCAGUUACAGCGGGGCCUCGAAGAGGGCGUGUUUCUCCGGGACGAACACGGCGGAGGAGGCGGCGUUACACUGCGGCAGCUCGGACCCUGACAGCGGUACCGGCUCCGGCUCCGGCGGCGAGGCUCCCGUCCAGACCGGAAGCAGACAGAGCCGCGAGGAGGCGUUUAAACAGAGACGGCGGGGGGAUUUUUCCAAAGGCGCGGUAGGAGCUGGAAGUUUGAGUUUGGUGAAAGGUGCUGGCGGUGUGAUUAACGGAGAGCGGCGCGGCUGCAGGACGGCCAAAGCGCGCGUGAGGCUGUGUCGCGUGCGCUCCUUCCUGGCUUCUGCUGAAGGUGUGAGUGCAAACGGUGUCCCUGUAGCUCAGCUCUCAGACCACGGGCACUGCAAACCUCGGCCACAGCAAAAACCCCAGUCCAGCGUCGCGUCCUCCUCCCCCGGUGCGCGUGCGGAUGGAGCCGGAGCCGGAGCCGGUACGGGGCGCCCCGCUGUGAAUGGCGGUCUGUGCGCGGGGGUAGCCGGUGAGGCGGCUGGAUCGUGGUUGAGGCAGGUCGAGGCGGCCCAGGUGGAGGCCAAGAAGCGGCAGGUGCAGCUCGGAGAGAGAACGGACAUGUUAUGGCGCCGCCUCCAUGCAGUGCAGGUGAAACAGGUGGAGCGACACGUCACGCAGCAGCUGGGGGACCUGCGCAGAGCCGCCGCGGCCCCGAACUCAGCCGAGCUCAGCCGCUUAGCGCGCAGCUGCACUGAAGCCCUCCGCGCGGCUGGGGGCGCCCUGGACUCCGAGCACACGGCCAGCAGCUCCGGGGGAGGCAGUGACAGUGAGGAAGAGGAGGAAGAGGAAGAGGAGAAGGGGAGAGGAGGCCGACAGGUUUCACCAUCCCGAGUGAAAUCAGUUUGUAUGAGCAGAGAAUGGCGGUGGAUGAGGGAGAGGGCGUGGCUAGGGAGUCGGUGGGUGUGGCUACAGGCUCAAGUGUCAGAGCUGGAGUAUGGGAUUCGUGCGCUGACUGAGCUCUACACACAACUCAGACAGGGAAAGGUUUCACAGCUGAGAGCCGUUCACUCUGUACCUGAAACGCCCCUCAGAGCGCCAAGAUUCUCUCCUGCAACUCAUGACUGCAGGUUCAGGAAGAGGCAAGCAGAGGACUCCACCCCAUCAUCACAAACUCCACACAGUCCCACUUCAUCUGCUGCACGGGUUCGACCAUUACUACGACAAUGCCGUCACAGGCUUAUCCGUUUGGAUGGCUGUCCUGCACUUGGAUCAAAGGCGGUGACCUUGCCAUGCUGCUGCGAGCCCCCUGCUGUGUGUGUGUUGUGCGGUCCUCCUCACCCACCGGCCGAGGAGAAGUCCACGUGGAUGUGUCAGAAAGGGCUGGAUCAGUGUAUUCACCCUGUUCUCUCCAUGCCUUCAGACUUUCUUCUUGCGGUGCAUUGUGUGACGCCCCCGCUGGCCGCACAUCAGUCCCACAAUGCUGUGAGGUGGAUGGGCGAAGCAACUUCAUCAUGCAUGGCAAGACGGGGUCAGGGUCAGCAGAAGGCUGGGCGAGUGAGAAGGAGGCUUAUAUGUCCCCGCCCACCAAGCGCACUGCCUCCUCUCUUCAACACAUCCGGUGGUUCUAACUGCAGGAGUCAGAGGGGUGUGAUCAGCCCAGGCCUCCUUCCUCAGCAAGUAGCAGAUCUUUCCCAUCUCCCUGGCCUCCCUGCACCUACAGACACGCCCACACAGCCGUUGCGGAGGAGGAGAGGGGAAAGUUCGUUCGACAUUGAUAACUUGGUAAUGCCUCUGGGCCUGGCUGGACUGGGAGCACGAGUGCAGAAGCUGCAGUACAAAGAGAUUAUCACUCCCAGCUGGAGAGAGCUGGACUCUGUCUGGGGAGUCUCAGAGAAGCAUGUAGGCUCAGUUGGUCGGUGUGUGAACCACUCAGACGCACCACACCAGUCCAGUGGAGAAGGACUAGAACAUAACGGCGAGGUGGAGGAUCUGUCUGACGCUGUUUUUCUGAAGAGGCAUGCCAUAUGGGAGAGCAGAGAGAGGAGUCGCUGGGGGAGCUGGGCCCGCAGACGCCACCGGGGCAGGUCCUCCUCCUCUUAUGGGGACGGGAGGAGCUGCAGGGGUUCAGAACAGGCGUCGUACUCUCCAGAGACCAGGCAGGGAAAGAGCUCACCAUGUAGCCCCUUCUGCUCUGCAGCAGACGAUCCCUUCUACCAGAUGGAGGAUGAACAGCAGUCUGUGCAGCCGUGGGAGCGCAGGUCGUUCCCCCUGCUGGAGGAGGAGCUCCGAUGGCUGCAGGAUGAUGAGGAGGCGGAGCUUGAGGAUGAUGCGUGCACCGCGAGCGGCCGCAGUCAGAGCACAGACUCGGGCAUCUCGGUAGGCAGCUUGGAGCUCUCACCGAGGACACCUCAGCCACAUCAGCUGCAAUCAGGAGGCCACAAACCAGCCGCCUCCACAACUCAGGAUUCAGACUCCGCCCUGCCUUCUUUAACCCCACCCUCCCCGUCCUCCCUGCCUUCAGCCAGCACUCAUCAGACUCCAUCCAAUCACAGAGUGAACAGAGUCAGCGCCAGUCUGCUGUGACCCAGCUUGGAGAAAGCUAUUUCAGUCCUCUUUGUGCCCAAACGUCCGUCUUAUUUAGCCAUAAACCAACCCAUCAACCUUCACCAGCCCUGCUGCCUGUCUGUUAUUUCCAUCAUCAGCUCUUAUAAUCUCAGUCUGUAAUCCUUAAUCCUGGUCAUUAUCCAGCAGCUCCAGGAUCAUUAUCACCCAAAAGGUCAUCCAAUAAAUAAAUAAAUAAAUACUCAGUAAUGACUCAGCAGUGUUAAUGUAAUACUGCUCAACUUUCCCCUGUUCUCUUCCUCCUCCAUGCUCACCAUUCCAUCUAAAAAUGCACUGACCUCUCCAUCCGGCUCUCCGUCCGGCUCUCCAUCCCGCUCUCCAUCCGGCUCUCCGUCCGGCUCUCCAUCCCGCUCUCCAUCCCGCUCUCCAUCCCGCUCUCCAUCCGGCUCUCCAUCCGGCUCUCCAUCCCGCUCUCCAUCCGGCUGUACCCAAAUCCUGCUGAAGUUCAGGUUUUAAAUGCAGCUUUCUUCACUUCUCUCCCUCCGUUUCUCUCCCUCCGUUUCUCUCCCUCCCUGCUUCAGUCUCUCCGGUUCUCUCACUGAUGUGCUGGCUGGUUCACCUCGGUUUUUCUGUUCGUUCAUUUCCCAGACCCGUCUAAAGCAUUUUUGUCCCUCUCUGUUGAGUUGAUCUAAACGAGUAUACAUGUUGUUAGUUGUUUGGUAUCUUAGUUGUUCUUAUUUUUGUAUGUCGAACACUAGUCCAGUCUCCUGGAGCCAGAGAUUUGCCCACACAGUGAGGGCAAACUCCUCCAGGCAGCUCUCCAUUAUACACUAGCUCCAUAUAAAGAAACUACUUAUUACCCAUCAUGUCUUAUUUAUGACUUUUUCCUCAGUUAGAACUUUGUUAAUUCCAUAGAGAUGUGUGUUGUUACGAAUGUGUGUGAAUAUCUUGACUCCACUGAAACAUGACUUUAAUUAGCCUUUACUUUGAAUCCGCUCAACACAAGGUGGUUUGGCAUGUAAAGCAGGGCUGUGUGUGUGUGUGUGUGUGUGUGUGUGUGUGUGUGUGUGUGUACACAUGUGAAAGUUCUUGUGGUGAAGUGUGUGUGUUUUGGACAGGUCUGCUGCAUUACUGCAAAUACAAACUUUUUUAGGAAGAAAAUAGCCGUGGAAAGUGUGUGAUUUGAAACAUACACAGUGCUCUCAAUGCGAGGAUGAAAUAAAAU